AUGGGUGCGCGCGGUGGGCUCCGCGAGCGUGCUCGCAGCGGGUGUCGUGUCCUCGUGAGGCGAGUGCUGUGCCGUGGGGGAGUCCUGUCCGGUCCGUCCGGUCCUGGUCCACCCGCUCUCGUUCUCUUCCCGGUGAUCUCGACCAAACCGGAUUUAAAACUUGAGCUGUACAGUGGCAACUCACAAAGGCUAGCAAGGCCCUUGAGUCACAAUGCUGAAGAGAAAAAUGUUCAACACCUAGUUUCUUCAAAUGAUGAUCUGAAGGAUAAACCAACUCUAUCUCCAUCAGCAGACAUGGACAGAAAAACUAUGGAAGAUGUUGAUGAAGCUUUGUGCAUAGGUAUUAGUAAUCUCAGACGCUUACAUGAUGCAGAUGAGAUGCUGAGAUACUUGGACCUGCAGAUGAAACAGGAAGGAGCAAAACUGGCAGAAACUGCAGACAGAGCAUUUGAUGAACUUAUUUCUUCUCUCCUCUCAAGGAAAAAGAAACUGCAUGCUGAUUUAAUGAAAAUAAUUGAUAGCUACAGUGCUGAUAUUGCAAAAGCUAAGGAAGUCAUUGAAGAGAAGGAAAAGAGCUUGACUGGUGCCAUUAAGAUUGCAAAGGAAUUAAAAAAUACACCUUCCAUGGGAAUGUACUGUGAUCUCCCUCAGGUUAUUUGUCAUUUGAAGUUGCCAGUUGAUGCUGAGCUCUCAAGCAUGAAUAGUCUGAAGGAAAGAAUAUCUCUAAGAUUCUUCCUAAGCACCGAUGAGAUUACAACUUGGUUAGAGAAUUUGGGCAGUAUUGAAUUUGGAACAAGGGUUGAAGGUAAUAGUCAGCCCGCUCUUACCCUGGAUGAUAAAGAAGAAACCCCUGAUGUCAUUAUAGAAGAAAUAUUUGAAGAUGAAGGGGAGACAGAACUAGUGUUUGUAAGCCAUGUUAUAAAUCCAUGCCACUUCUAUAUUCGGAGAUACUCACAGAAGAAAGAAGCAGCGAUUUUGGAGACAAAAUUGAAAAACUUUUGUGUUGAGAAGAGUUCAUAUCUUUUGCCUUCAGAUGUUUUGGAACUGGGUGGUAGAAUUUUUAUUAAGAGUAAAGAAACUAGAAUGUGGUGCCGUGGAACUAUCACUGAAAUCAUUCCCCUACAAAGUGGAAAAAAGAGGAAGCCUUGUCAUCCAGUUAGAUACAAAGUUUAUGAUAUUGCCCUGCUGGAAGUAUUCCUGAUUGAUUUUGGGAGCUCUAUAGUUCUAACUUCUUCAGGAUAUGUUCCUGCUGAAAAGCCUGAACAUGCUAGCCUGCAAACUAUUGAAACAGAUGAUGUUUGUUUGUGUAUAAUGAAGCCUGAUCAGCAUAUUGAGGCAGAAUUUGCAGCUAUUCCUCCUUUAGCACUACGAUGUUCAUUGAAGAAUAUUGCUCCCAAAAAUGCAGGUGAAGUUUGGGGAGAGAAAGCAAAGACAACAUUUUUAGAAAUGGUAAAUAAUAAAGUAGUUUCAGUUACCAUAUUUGGAGAAGAGAAUGGUGUUCUCAUUGUGGAUUUGCGAGCGCCUUCAUUUAGUAAAGAAAGUAACAUGCCGCUGUCUCUCAAGGAUGCAUUAGUUUGUUUAGGUUUGGCAAGGUUUAGUUUACCGUGUCCCAGUCAGUCAGAAAAUACCAUCUUGCAGUAUAGUCCACCUAAGAUCCUACAAGAAGGAGAAGAAGUCUUUGUUGUAGUUUGUCAUAUAAAUAAUCCAAAUGAUUUCUAUCUCCAGUUGAGAGAUAGUCUGGAUUCGUUGAAUCUUCCAGAGAAAAUUCAGGAGGCGUAUCAACAUGUAUAUGGGAAUGACUUGGAAAUUGUCUGCCCCAUUCAAGGCCAGGCCUGUGUUGCAAAACAGGAAGAUGGGAAUUGGUACAGAGCACAGAUAAUAGGGAUGGCAAAUCGUGAAGAAGUUACAGUGAAAUAUGUUGACUUCGGCAAUAUUGCUAACUUAACUCUUAAACACAUACGCAGAAUAAAAGAGGAGUUUCUGAGCUUUCCAGAAAAGGCAAUCAGGUGCAGCCUGGCUUGCAUUGAGCCCUAUGAAGGGUCAAAUGAGUGGAACAGAGAAGCCAAGGAAAGAUUUGAAGAAAUGACUGAAGAUAAACUUAUGUUGUGUUCAGUUGUUGAAAUUUUAGAUAAUAACAUCUUAUCUGUUGAACUCUUCGACCUUACUGUGGUUCAUGGAAGAAGCCACAGUAUUAACUGCCAGCUAGUUAAAGAAGGCCUAGCAUCCAACAUACCUGGGUACACUAAAAACACUGUUGUAAGGCCCAAGGAAAUAUGGGAUGUUCCUCUAGAAGAAAUUCCCAAAACCUCGGAAACUUUAAAUCCUAUAGACAGAGAAUCUGUGGAUGAAAGAGAUUUCAAAUCACUUUCCAAGAAAGAGCAGCAAGGGAGAAUUAGUCACGUUGUGUCUCCUAGUAAAAUUUUUAUACAGUGGCUGGCAUCAGAACCUAUACUGAAAAGUUUGCAGGAGAAGAUGUCUGCUAUCUACAGAAAAUCCCAGCCACCCUCUGUGAAGUGGGAAAGGAGUAUGCACUGUGCUGUUUACCUAUGUGAUUUGAAACAGUGGCAAAGAGGCCUAAUAAGCAGAAUUGUUUCUGAAACAAGUGCAGAGGUAAUUCUUUAUGAUUCUGGAGCUGGAAUAACAGUGGAUAUCAGCUGUCUAAGAAAACUGAAGGAUAGUAUUAAGAGGAUUAAGAUAUUAACAACAGAAUGUUCCUUGGCAGACAUAAGACCAACUGGUGGAAGCACACAGUGGACAGCAACAGUGUGUGAAUAUUUAUCCUAUUACCUAACUGGAGCACAAGUAAAAGUAAUCAUACAGGGAACUGACGCAGACUGUGCAUUGCUUGUGAAAAUUCUUUGCAAAGAUGAAACAGGGCAAUUGAUUGAUAUUUCAGAGCACCUUAUUAAAAAGGGUUUGGCUUUUAGAAACAGAAGGACUGAUAAAGCUGAGAAGGCUUGCUUGAUCUCUAAGAAACAUCUUGAAGUACCUUUGGAGGAACAGAACACGCAACUGGAUGGUUUUAAUUCCAAAACUGCAUGUGCAGGAAACAGCACUGCUCCAAAGGAAAGCAUCACUGUUUCAGAGAGGGAACAGAAAUCUUGCAAAACAUUCAAAUCAUUGUUUCAUUCAGGAAUGGACAAAGUCUAUAACUCCCUUCUUAUACCUCGAGCAAAAAAUUUUAAAGCUGUAGUAAGUUUCGUUGGACAUGAUGGAACUAUUCAUAUAAUACCAAAGUCAAUCGAGAUUCCAUUGAACAAAUUGAUGUCUGAAAUACAAAGUAACUUCAAAUGUUGUGGUGUUCCGGAACCCUACUGCUGGAAAAAAGGAGAAGCUUGUAUUGUAAGAGGAUCAGAUACCUUGUGGUAUCGAGGUAAAGUUGUAGAAGUUGGUGAUAGUACUCUCCAGGUACAGUAUAUAGACCGUGGUUGCAUAAAGAAGGUUUCUCCAUAUCAUCUGUAUCCAACUACAUUGUAUACUGAUACUCCUCCCUUUUGCAUACCAUGUGAGCUCUCCAAGACAGUACCAAUUGGGAAUUCUUGGCAGCAGGAUGCAAUAAAUUGCCUUCAAGAACUACUUACAAAUAAAGAAGUUGACGUACAUGUUGAGGAAUUGCCAGAUAACGCCGGAGGCAAAUUGUCCAUCAGCCUGUAUUUUGGUGGAGUGUCGCUUUCUUCCUUCAUGGCAUGCCAGAUGUACUGUGUUUCUGAAGACUGUCCAGACACACCAAAGCUGUUUGUCUUUGUCUAGAAGCUGCUUGAAAGAGACAUUGAUGUUUCACCUUCGUACCUGUUGCCACCACUACCUGUUCCAGGAGAGACCUUUACUGUCAGAAUUACUCAUUUGCUGACCCCUAAGGAGGUGUAUAUUUGCCUUGAUCCUUCGAACAAGCUGAUGAAUUGGCCUGCCACAGAGGGAGAAGCCAGCGGUGGCUCCAAGUUGGAGAGCCUUGAUGAAGCCCUGAGGUGGUGCAAUAAAACCGUGAAGUCUCUUCCUGUUCUAACACACUUCCGAGCAGAAAUGCCUUGCCUUGUAGAAUACCAGGAUGGUUUAUGGUAUAGAGCAAAGAUCCUCUCUGGUGAAGAAUUAAAUCCUGUCGGGAUUCUAGUUCAGUUUGUUGAUUAUGGUAGUUUCUCAGUUGUUCCAAGAAGCAGAUUGCGUCACAUACCGUAUCACCUGCUACAGUACCCUGUGCAGGCAGUACGAGCUCUGGUGGCUGGAUUCAAACCUGCUUCGUAUGACAAAAACACGGCAAGAAUUCCUUAUUCCCCAGAAUGGACUCUGGAAGCGCUCUGGGCUAUGAUAAAUUGCAUUGAAGGAAAGCAGCUCACCGCUUCCAUGCUUGCUCUUUCACCAGACAUCACCAUUUCUUUGUAUGAAGAUGACAAAAGCCUAGUUCACAUGAAACUGGUAGAAAUGGGACUUGCAGAUUUGGAUGGGUGA